UCAGUAGUCCUGUAGGCACGGCACAUGGCAUUUAGUUGUUGUGCCCGAUAAACGUAUCUUCCCCGUGGGAGAAGUGCAACAGCGGAAAGAAGAUGGUUACGUCUGACACGUAUAACAGUCACAACACAGUUUGCAGUAUUUUAAUUUGGAGAUUUUGCAGUGACAGAACUGUUGCUGUUCCGUGAAUUUUGCGUGUUGUUAUGGUGUGAGUGCUUUCUGUGUGUUACUUGAGAGCUACUUCACAUUCCACGUUAAGUAGUUCUUGUUCUGAUUUUACAAUCACAUUUACCGUUAAAUAAUGAAGUGUGUUUGAAUUGCAUACCAAAAUUGCAUCAUUCCAUUGUGUUUUUACCCCCUUCUAUAACGUGAUGGUAACACCUUCUUUCACACUUUUGUGAUCUUUUUUGUGCAAUGACACUUCAGCUGAUAUGCUGUUACAUUUCACGUAGAGAAUUUCAUGGUUUUGGAAGUGUAUAAUGCUAUUUGUUAAAAUCUUAUAAACACUGUGUCCUGCCAAAAUCUUGCUGUUAGUUAUGGAAAGAAAUGUAUAAUCAUUUGCCUUAUUGCUGAGAUGCUUCCAUUUCAGAUAGUUAAACAAAUUUUUUCAACAGUAAAGAAACCACGUGUAAUUUUCCAGAUUCUUUUCAGAUCACUUAUGACUGGCAGAAGGAGUUGGUUUUUUUUUCUGUCAGUGAAGUUUGUAGGAACCUUAUGCUAAUACAUAAAAUAACAGAAGAAAAAUGACAUUAAGGAAAGUGAACAUUUCCAUCCUUGUAGUGGCUGUUGUCAUAUUUUUGCUAGUUCUUCAUCAUAACUUCCUAGGCCUCAGUGACUUCUUGAAACGGGAAUUGUCAGAUUCAAAUCCAUUAGGACUUCAGCCUAUAGAUUUCAUACCUGCAGUUCCCCAGAGGCUGGCAGAUGAAAGGAAUGAUAAGGAGAUUUCUGUGGUCAUUGCAGCAUCAGAUGAGAGGCUUGGGGGUGCAAUUGCAGCCAUGAACAGUAUUUACCGUCACACCAAAUCCAACGUGGUUUUCUAUAUUGUUACUUUGAAUGAUACUGUGGAUCACUUGAGGCUGUGGCUAAGUAACACUGCUCUGAAAAAUUUGAGAUACCGAAUUUUGGAUUUUGACCCUCGUGUCUUAGAAGGGAAAGUACAAGUGGAUCCUCAAAAGGCAGACACCUUAAAACCAUUAACCUUUGCAAGAUUCUACUUGCCCAAUUUGGUACCUCAUGCAGAGAAGGCCAUCUAUGUGGAUGAUGAUAUAAUAGUGCAAGAUGAUAUUCUUGAACUUUACAACACUCCAUUGAAACCUGGACAUGCAGCUGCAUUUUCAGAUGAUUGUGACUCAACCACUAAUAAAGUUGCUGUCCGUGGAGCAGGCAAUCAGUAUAAUUAUAUUGGGUUUCUGGAUUACAAAAAAGAAACCAUCCGAAAGCUUGCCAUGAAAGCCAACACCUGCUCUUUCAAUCCAGGAGUUUUUGUUGCCAACUUGACAGAAUGGAAAUUGCAGAACAUCACUAAGCAAUUGGAGAAGUGGAUGGCACUUAAUGUAGCAGAAGAACUUUACAGUAGGAGUCUGGCUGGCAGCAUCACGACACCUCCACUGCUAAUUGUAUUUUACAAGCAACAUUCCAGUAUUGAUCCCAUGUGGAAUGUCCGUCAUCUCGGGUCUAGUGCUGGAAAAAGGUACUCUCCUCAGUUUGUGAAAGCUGCCAAGCUGCUCCAUUGGAAUGGACAUUUCAAACCAUGGGGAAGAACAGCUUCAUAUGCUGAAGUCUGGGAGAAGUGGUAUGUCCCUGACCCUACAGGCAAGUUCAGCCUGCUCCGCAGACAUUCAGAAGCCUAUGAAGCAAAGUAGAGUCAAUUUUAAUAACUGACGGCAUUUUCUCAGGAAACUUCUGGAGCCAAGCAGAACUUUUUUUUUUUUUUUUUUUUUUUUUUGCCAACUUGUAUUAGAGAGCAGUCCUUGCCUUCUGGAGCACAAGGUGACGCACUUAUUCAGGUGUGGUUCUGAAAUCCACAGGUCGAAAGGAGACUCGCUUCACUUGUGUGACAGAAAACGCUACUCCAGCAACACUAUAGAAAGCAAGGGAGGAUCUCCACAAACUAGCACUUUUGUUAGUUCAUUUCUGUCUAUUGCACGUUCUUCUGCUCUUUACUACAAGUCUUCUACAGGAGGAUCACUUUGUCAGCUACAGAAAAGAACAGUGUCUAAGAACAAGCUGCAACUUCAGCUGGUGCUUGCACCACGCAGAUCUUGCACAGCAAUGUACUGUAAUGAAGAGCUGCUUGGGUUUGUUCUGUUUUGGUUGGGUUUUUUUUUGUUUGUUUCCUUAUCCUGUGAAGUAGUUUCCUCAACAACCCUUUCUUGCAUGAGAUCUCCCCCCAACCAUUUCUGUGUAAGUCUUGCAGAAUUCUGCAAAAUUGAAUCUUGUUUUUUUGAAAGAUGAAUUUUUCAAGUAUUAUUUCACUAUGCAAAGUGGUUUUAACUGCCAGUGAACACUAAAACGUUUUUUGUAAAGUGGUGGAGAAAACUUUGUUCAAAAAUAAAAGCUAAUUUUAACAUCGUUGA